CAAACUACCCACAGUUCAGUUCAAAACCGCGCGGAAAUUGCGGAAUCGACUCCGCCGUCAGCACGGUAGCGAGCGCCCCCGCGCGCACGACUUCGCUUCCCCUCCCCGGCUACCCGUCCCCGCGGCUGACUCGUCCACCUCCUGUCCAUAUUUUCCCCUCGUGUCCGCCGCACGCACCGCCGGAACCCUAGCCUCAGCCGCCACAGGCAGCCGGGAUGGAGAAAGGAGCCUCGGAGGCGUCGGCCCCCUGCGCUCGCUGCGGCAAGCCCGCGCAGCUCCAAUGCCCCAAAUGUGCUGAACUUAAGCUACCGCGUGAGAACGCAGCUUUCUGCACACAGGACUGUUUUAGGGCAGCAUGGAGCUCUCACAAAUCUGUUCACCCAAAGCCUGGUGCACUGGCAUCCCAGCAGUCUCCGGAAGGUUGGAAAUAUUGUUUGAGAAAAGGGCGGGGACGUGCAUUGCAACUUCCUCGUUUUGAAUGGACAGGUCCAUUGAGACCAUAUCCGAUAUCAAAGAUGCGUGUGGUGCCAGAUGAAAUUGAGAAGCCUGAUUGGGCGCUUGAUGGAAUUCCCAAGAUAGAACCAGAUAGUGACUUGCAGAAAAGAGUAGAGAUUGCAAGAGAGGUUUUAGAUGCAGCUGCUCGUGUAAUUAAACCAGGAAUUACAACAGAUGAAAUUGAUAGAGUUGUCCAUGAAGAGACAAUUGCUAGAGGUGGAUACCCAUCUCCAUUGAAUUACCAUUUCUUCCCCAAGUCAUGUUGCACGUCUGUCAAUGAAGUCAUUUGCCAUGGAAUUCCAGAUGCCAGGAAACUUGAGGAUGGUGACAUUGUAAAUGUUGAUGUAACUGUAUACUAUAAAGGUGUUCAUGGUGAUUUAAAUGAGACAUAUUUUGUUGGAAAUGUCGAUGAAGCUUCCAAACAGCUUGUACGUUGUACCUAUGAGUGCUUGGAGAAAGCUAUUGCAAUAGUUAAACCUGGAGUUCGGUUCCGAGAGGUCGGGGAAAUCAUAAAUAGACAUGCUUCGAUGUCAGGUUUAUCUGUGGUGAAAUCCUAUUGUGGCCAUGGCAUAGGGGAACUGUUUCACUGUGCCCCAAACAUUCCUCAUUAUUCAAGAAACAAGGCUGUUGGUAUCAUGAAAGCUGGGCAGACAUUUACAAUUGAACCAAUGAUAAAUGCAGGGGUUUGGAAUGAUCGGCUCUGGCCUGAUGAUUGGACUGCAGUCACCACAGAUGGUAAACGGAGUGCUCAAUUUGAACAUACACUUUUGGUGACAGACACAGGAUGCGAAGUUUUGACGGCACGGUUACCCUCAUCACCAGACGUUUUUCCAUGGUUGAAACCGUGAUCGGGCACCCCAACAGCAACAAGAAAGUGAUACUGACAAACCGGGGCUGCAAAAUUUUUGUUCUACUCUUUAUCAGUCAGUCAAGCUGAAUAUUUUGAAAAUUUUCAGACCAAACAGUGAUAAGCAUGCUACUGCUGGACAGUCGCCCUAAUUGUCUGUCCUGCGGAAUUGUUUCUGGGAGUGUAUUGUUAAGUCGGUUUUCUCCGAGUUAUACGAGACAUAUGGCUUGAGUUGUGUCACCAAUAUGAUUAUGCCAUAGGACUAUCAGAGUUUACUUUUAAUUUCAGAGAACAUAAUUUCCAUCAA